CUGUCUGAAGCAAAUUCCUCUACGUGGUUUGUAAACCCCGCAGGGGGAAGUUACUCUGCCCCACAAAUAGAACAAUUAGAAAAAUAACGUAAAGAGUGGGAGGGAGGGAGCAAGGAAGAGGGGAGGGAGGGAGGGAGGGAAGUAUAAUUACUGUGUAAGAGAGAGGAGAAGAAGUAGAAACAGAGAGACAGGGGAGCAAGAGCCAGCGAGAGAGUCCAGCCCACUUCAACAAAACCAUUCAACUCCUGCACAGUGAGCAGUCCCAGACCUCUCACGAGCGCACCGCUUCCCUGGGGCGCAUCCAGAAGCCGACUGCCCAUCCCAUGCAAACUUCCCGAGGACCUGGAGAGGGAGAAAUCCACUGACAUCAGAACUAUUUAACCAGCAUCUCUUCUCACAGCUCACCAGCAAGGAUUACACUUUUCCCCCCUCACUUUUUCCUAGUCAGAUCAAGCUCAACCACAGACUUGACUGGACGGAUUCUUGAAAGUAAGUUUUUCGUUUCGCAGACACCUCUCACUUAAGGAUGUCCCUUCUCCCUCUGCUGAGCGGGAUCUUCCUGCUGCUCAUCCACACCAGCGCCGUGGUCACAUCCGAACAGGCGUCCGCCACGGACUGCCCCUCCUGUGCGCUGGCACGGCUUCGGAAAGGUGAGGACGAGGGAGCCCAGCAAGACGUGGUCGAGGCGGUGAAGAGACACAUACUUAACAUGCUGCACCUGCAAGAACGCCCCAACAUCACACACCCGGUGCCUCGCGCCGCGCUCCUCAAUGCCAUCCGCAAGGUACACGUGGGACGCGUGGCCAAGGACGGCAGUGUCCUGAUAGAGGACGAGGCCAGCAACCGCGCAGACACCGAACAGGCAGAACAGACUGAGAUCAUCACAUUUGCUGAAGCCGGUGAAGCUCCGGGCUUUGUCAACUUUCUCAUCUCUAAGGAAGGCACUGAAAUGUCUGUAGUGGAGCAAGCCAACGUCUGGCUCUUCCUGCGACUGCCGAAGGGCAACCGCACCCGUGCUAACGUCACCAUCCGGCUGCUCCUGCAGCAGGGGACGGGGGAGAAGGUCCUGGCGGAGAAAUCUCUGGACACGCGGCGCAGCGGCUGGCACACGUUCCCAGUGUCGGGCAGUGUGCAGGCGUUGCUGCAGAACGGGGGGAGCACGCUGAGCCUGCGCGUCUCCUGCCCGCUGUGCGCCGACGCCCGCGCCACGCCAGUCCUCGUGACCCCGGGAGGCGGCGAGCGCGAGCAAUCCCAUCGGCCUUUCCUCAUGGCCGUGGUGCGGCAGAUGGACGACCUGUCCCAAAGGAGACGUCGCAAAAGAGGUCUGGAAUGCGACGGCAAGGUACGCGUCUGCUGCAAGCGGCAGUUCUACGUCAACUUCAAAGACAUCGGCUGGAACGACUGGAUCAUCGCGCCCUCGGGGUAUCACGCCAACUACUGCGAAGGCGACUGUCCCAGCCACGUCGCCAGCAUCACCGGCAACUCGCUGUCCUUCCACUCCACGGUCAUCAACCACUACCGCAUGCGAGGGUACAGUCCCUUCGCCAACAUCAAGUCCUGCUGCGUGCCGACUCGUCUGCGAGCCAUGUCCAUGCUCUACUACAACGAGGAGCAGAAGAUCGUCAAAAAGGACAUCCAGAACAUGAUCGUAGAAGAAUGCGGAUGCUCGUAAGGCCGCGGCGAGACGGGGAAGGGUAGGACGGGAGAGACAGCGCAGCACGUUUGGGUGGCGGGGGCGAGAACUUGAGCCCCAAAACGGAUGAAAAAGAAGAGAUGUAGAGGGAGGAGAGGAGGGCUCCUCUGUCUCUAUCUCACUGCCAAACUCUCACGCAGACAGGCCUCUCUUUCUCUCGACCACUUGCGCGUGGUCGUCACGUUACAAUGGGUAUCUGUAACUCAGAGUAAUCUCUGUGGCACUUUCAAAAAGAGAAAAGAAAUAUAAUAUAUUUUUGUUACAAAGCAAAGGGAGCGAGGUCAGAGAGUAUUUAUGCGGCCUAUUUUGCAGCGCGAACGUGCACUGCAGGAAGAGAGAUCACGUAGAUGAGGUGCCUGAAAAAGAAAAUCUCAAAACUAUGCAACUUGUCAAGUAUUACGAUAUAUUUUUCAUCAAGGUGUUGUUUUGUUUCUUAACUAUUUACUUUUACACACUAAAAAAAGAGAAAAGUCGGCGUUGGUUGACUUUUUAUACCUUGUACGUAUGUCAUAUGUGUGUUGUGUGUGUAUGUACAGUCUGCCUAUGGGAGUAUUGUGUGUGUGUGUGUGUGUGUGUGUGCAUGUCUGUGUCGUUGAGAGAUACUUGAAAGAAGUUUGACGGGCUGCUGGAACCAAACAUUUCUCUAUAUUAUUAUUCUAAUUAUUCUGACUAUUGUUGAAAAUGUUAUUAUUUCGUUUUGAUUACUUCUGUACAUUUUUUGUUCUUUUGAAAUGAGACGUUAAAACGUUUACAGUUUUGCACUAUAUCGACAUUUUGAUCAGCGUAGCCACAUAUACAAAUAUGUUUAUAGAGAAAGACUAGAGCACUUCAGAACAGGCGUACCUACAUAGCAUGAGUCUCACAAAUGAGAUUGUUCAAAAUAAACAGGGGGAAGGAUUGAGGGGAAGGCAGAGAUGACAAGCACUACAUCAGAGGACCGUGUGUACAAACUCAUUUUACAAAAUAGGGGUUUGGAUUUUUUUCUCAACACCAAAGAAUUUAGUUUAGCCUUGCCUACCAUAUUAGGCUGUCUCCGAACAGUUGUUCAGAAGAUACCAAUAUGUCUUUCUGAUUUGUUCUCCCUGCAAAGAUGUCCAGGUUAUCGAACCGAAAGACCUUUAAUACAGUGUCCCGCCGCGGCUCACUCCUGUGUGUGCUUUUGCACUGCUGCACAGUCCACGAGUGACUGGCCAUCGAAAUGGUUAAUACAGCACUUAAACCAACCUUUUAAAGUUUGUUUUGAAUUAUGAAUUGUUACAAAAGUGAAUGUGCAGCAUUGAUAUUUAAUGACUUGGGAGAUGAAUUACUAUUAUUAUUAUUUUUCUUUUCACCAAAUAUUAAAAGGAUCUUCAAUGAUUCAAAAAAAAAACCUUGUUUUUGUUUUGGAUAUGUUCAUAUUUCCGCUUCCCAACACAAAAUAUUUUACCACUGUGCAAUGUUGGAGAAAAUAAAAAUGAAGCAAUUUGGGAAAAGAAAAGAAAAGAAAAAAGGAACUUUUGUGUUACAUUUGGACUAAGAAACGUUUACCUUUUUUCAGUAUGUUCCUGGUGGGAAUGCAAAAAAAAAAAAAA